GUGAUUGUUCUAUUGCUUUUUUUUCCACUUAAUUUUAAAUAACAGUAGAACAGUUGAGUGAAAUUAGUUAAAAUUUUCAAGGAAUAUUAACACCUUGACCAUCACUAGGAUAUAAGUGACUAAUGCUUUAAAUUCAAGGAUUAAUUAAAAAUAAAAUAGUAUAUUAUUCGGAAAUUCUGAUCGGUAAUGGACACGAAAGAGUUUGUUGAUUUUGGCAAAGCGGCCAUCGAUUUCGUGGCUAAUUAUACGGAUAACUUGAGAAACAAGAAUGUCCUUCCGGAUGUUGAACCUGGAUAUCUUAGUGAAUUGUUGCCGGAAGAAGCGCCACAGAAAGCGGAAACCUGGCAGCAAGUGCUUAAAGAUGUCGAACAGUAUAUUAUCCCAGGGGUAACACAUUGGAAUUCACCGCAUUUUCAUGCAUUUUAUCCGACAGCAAAUUCUUAUCCGGCUCUUGUGGGUGAAAUUUUGAGCAGUGGUAUCGGUUGUAUUGGAUUUUCAUGGCUUGCUUCACCCGCCUGCACAGAGCUCGAAGUUAUUACGAUGAACUGGCUCGGAAAAUUAAUAGGAUUACCGAAGGAGUUUCUAAACUGUAGCGAAGGUCCAGGAGGUGGUGUUAUACAGGGAUCAGCAAGUGAGACUACGUUGGUGUGUUUAUUAGCAGCUAUAGAACAAACCACACGUCAGAUAAAACAUCUUCAUUCAGACUGGGAUGAUGCUUAUAUCAGGUCGAAAUUGGUUACAUAUACGUCUGAUCAAUCAAAUUCCUCCGUAGAAAAAGCAGGAAUUUUAGCCUCGGUUGCUAUGAAACUUUUACCAGCCGACGAGAAAUGUGUUUUUCGAGGUGAAACGUUAUUGAAAGCGAUCAAGGAGGACUUGGUGAAAGGUUUGAUACCAUGCUGUGUUAUAGCUACUUUGGGUACCACUGGCACGUGUGCCUUCGAUAAACUUGAAGAAUUGGGACCCAUUUGUAAAGAGUACAAUGUUUGGUUGCACGUCGAUGCUGCAUAUGCAGGUGCUGCUUUCGUUUGUCCCGAAUAUCGGUAUUUAAUGACUGGAGUUGAAUACGCUGACUCUUUCAAUAUUAAUCCACACAAAUGGUUACUCGUGAAUUUCGAUUGUUCUGCAUUAUGGGUUAAAGAUUCUAGGAGACUCAUUGAAGCUUUCAGUGUAGAUAGGAUUUAUUUGGCACACGAUAAAGAAGGACUUGCUCCAGAUUAUAGGAAUUGGCAAAUUCCGUUGGGACGACGUUUUCGUUCUUUGAAACUUUGGUUUGUCUUGCGUCUAUAUGGAGUGGACGGUUUACAGGAACACAUAAGGCGUACCAUAAAAUUUGCUCAAAGAUUUGAAGAAUAUGUUAAAUCGGACAGCAGGUUCGAAUUAGUGAUAGGUAGAUCCAUGGGUUUAAUUUGCUUCAGAAUGAAGGGUGACAAUCAGUUAACUAAAGAACUUCUCACCCGUUUAACAGCCGAAAAGAAGAUUUAUGUGGUUGCUGCAACUUUUCGCGAAAAAUUGGUUGUUCGAUUCGUAAUUUGCAGUCGUUUAACUCGAGAAGAUGAUGUUAUAUUUGCUUGGAAUGAAAUUACAAAACAAGCGACAGAAAUCGUGGGACCUAAGACACCUUGUUUGGAAGAAAAAGCACAUAAAUCAUUCGCAAAAUCUUCGGCUGAUUUAGCGACGAGGAUAGAAAGUUUAAAUCUCGAGUCAAAAACGCAAACAAUAUCGUAGAAUAAGUUUAACGCUAUGGAGCAAAAGUAGGAAAAUUGUAUUUAAUUUUCUAAAAUUUCUAACUCGAUUUCAAAGUUUCAAGUAUCUGUUAGAGCUUUCAGUCUUCGCAGGAUGGUGUUUAGUUUUAAGAAAAUAAGAUUUUAAUGCAAAACUUCGUUCAUUCGUUUAUAGUUAACGAGAAAAAUAGUUGAAAUUGGAUGUUCAGUUUAUGAGAGUAAAAUAUUGAAAAUAUCUGUAAUAACUAUUCGAAUCUAAAGUAGCAUGUGAGUUGUAUGAUGAAGGUAAAUAAUUGCAAAGUUCUUUGCCGGAAAAAAUGAAACUUUGUGGUUUAAUUUAAGCGUAAUCAUUGUAAUGAUAUUUUUGCUGGCAUAAAUAUUUAUAGCUCGUA